AUGGUCAGAAAACUUAAAUUUCAUGAAGGGAAACUGCUAAAGAAAGUAGACUUUAUAUCAUGGAAGUUGGAUAACAAUAUUAGUGAAGUGAAGGUUAUGAAAAAGUUUUGUAUACAAAAGCGUGAGGAUUACACAAAGUAUAACAAAUUGUCUCGUGAUAUCAGAGAGCUCGCAAACAAGAUAAAAGACCUCGAUCCAAAUAAUGAAUUCAGGACAGAGUCAAGUGCUCAACUUUUGGAAAAACUUUACCAAAUUGGAUUGAUACCGACAAGAUGGGAUCUUGCCUUGGCCACUAAUGUCUCUGCCAGUUCUUUCUGUAGGCGAAGGCUGCCUGUGUUGAUGGUUCGAAAUAAAAUGUCAGAAACUAUUAAAGAAGCCACAAAGUUUAUUGAACAAGGACAUGUAAGAGUGGGACCUGAAGUAGUGAAGGAUCCUGCAUUCCUUGUCAACAGAUCACUGGAGGACUUUGUUACAUGGGUUGAUGGUUCAGCAAUAAGAAAACAUGUUCUGGAAUAUAAUGAAAUGAGAGAUGACUUCGAUAUGUUAUAAUUUUAUAUAAGGCUUUAGUUAUAUAAGAAUACUUAUUUUAAGAUUCUGUACUGUUACCACAACAACAAGUGAAAGUACCAAUACACUUUUUAAUGCACA